AUGGAGCCACUACUGCUCGACUUGGAGCCAAAACUCCUGGACUUCAACAUCUUAAACCUUGGAUUUUCAGAUCCUCAAAAUGGCCCGUACAGUGAUGGAUUGAGUGUUGUGACUGGUCAAGUUCAGGAGACAGUUGACGUUUUUAUGGCUAUUAUCCUGGUCAUGAUUGUCAUUUUUCUAGCUGUUCAUCUCUUCAUUCGAUUCCACUACAAGGCAAAAACCGAGUAUGCCCUCAACGAGCUGCGGGAGAAAUUCGACAAAAACCCCAAUGGUUCAUCUGCAUUUGCUCUGCCAAAGGAUCCGAAAAAGGCAGGUGAUUCUGCUCCAAAACCAGUUGAGAUUUUGAUGGAGCCGGAGCAACUUGCUCCGAUGGUUCACUACAUUGCAAUGGCGCCACCUGGAAAAGCGGAGCAGCCGAACAAGAAUGUCUUCUACAAUGCGAAUCCGUGAAAGCUCAGAAGUGAACUCGAUGUCUAGUUUUUAUUUUAUUUUUUGUUUAUUCUAGUGUUUUUCUGUUGUAAACUAUGGAUGUGUAAUAAAUGACUUUGGAGGCUGAAAACAGCCAUAACCAUG